GAUUUCAAAAAAACCCUAGAGUACCUCAGCCUACAUCUUAAAAUAGCUAAAGAAGUAGGAGACAAGCAUGGGGAGGGUGCUGCUUAUGGCAAUCUUGGCAAUGCUUAUCACAGUCUGGGUGAUUUCAAAAAAGGCAUAGAGUACCACAACCUACAUCUUAAAAUAGCUAAAAAGUAGGAGACAAGCAUGGGAGGGUGCUGCUUAUGGCAAUCUUGGCAAUCCUUAUCUUAUUCUGGGUGAUUUCAAAAAAGCCAUAAAGUACCACAACCUACAUCUUAAAAUAGCUAAAGAAGUAGGAGACAAGCAUGAGGAGGGUAACGCUUAUGGCAAUCUUGGCAAUGCUUAUCACCAUCUGGGUGAUUUAAAAAAGGCAUAGAGUACCGCAACCUACAUCUUAAAAUAGCUAAAGAAGUAGGAGACAAGCGUGGGGAGGGUACGACUUAUGGCGAUCUUGGCAAUGCUUAUCACAUUCUGGGUGAUUUCAAAAAGCCAUAGAGUGCCACAACCUAAAUCUUAAAAUCGCUAGAGAAGUAGAAGACAAGCGUGGGAGGGUAACGCUUAUGGCAAUCUUGGCAUUGCUCAUGGCAGUCUGGGUGAUUCAAAAAAAAGCCAUAGAGUACCACCACCUACAUUUUAAAAUAGCUAAAGAAGUAGGAGACAAGCAUGGGAGGGUGCUGCUUAUGGCAAUCUUGGCAAUGCUUAUGACAGUCUGGGUGAUUUCAAAAAAAGCCAUAGAGUACCACAACCUACAUCUUAUAAUAGCUCAAGAAUUAGGAGACAAAUCCUGGGAGGCAAUUACCUACUCUUCAUUAGGAUUGGUUUUUGAGUUACAAGGUAGACUGCCAAAAGCCGUUGAAUAUUAUCAAGCUAGCAUAAACUUAUUCAAUUCCUUGAGAGCACUUCUAAUAUCUAAAGAUGAGUGGAAAGUUAAUUUUCGAAAUCAGCAUCAAAAGGCGUAUACGGGUUUGUGGAGAGUUCUCGUAGAACAAGGUAAUGUAGAUGAAGCCUUAUUUGUUGCUGAGAAAGGACGAGCUCAAGCUCUGACCGACCUCAUGGAAUCCAGUUUUUGUGGUGGAACAAGUCACCACAAGGGAGAAGAUGAAGAUUGCGCAGUUUUAAAAAACGUUCCAUCCAACACUGUCUUUCAGGCAGUGGACAAAGCUAACGUCAAUCUUUGGGUUGUGUCUGAAGGAAAACAAGUCUACUUAAGACAAUGUAAACUCAAAGGUUUUGGUUCAGAGAAUAGUGGAUCUAGCCUGUUCUUUGAGUCGUUCAUGCUCGGUGUCUAUACACAACUUGGUGUUCGUUCUAAUGUGAGAUGCGAGAAUCGAUCUUUAGAUGCUUUGAGGGAGGGCCGUUCAAAAGUGGAUGAGAAAACCAAAGAAGCCAAGCCUCAACCUCACAUCCAACAAGACGGAUGCUUGAGCACUUUGUAUGAUAUCGUUAUGAUGCCGGUGGCUGACUUGAUUGAAGGGGAUGAGCUACUCAUUAUUCCUGAUGGACCCCUGUGGAUCGCUCCUUACGCUGCAUUGAAGGAUGGUAAUUCUAAAUACCUGUGUGAAUCGUUCACAAUCCGAGUCGCUCCAUCGUUAGAAAGUCUUAGACUCAUUGCUGAUUGCCCAGAUGAUUAUCACAAAAGCAGCGGUGCGUUACUUGUAGGAGAUCCGUGGGUAUCCGAGGUUACUAACAGCGAGGGAGAGAAAGUCCUCAAGCAGCUUCCGUGUGCUAAAGAAGAAGUAGAAAUGAUCGGAAAAAUUCUGAAUAUCACACCAAUCAUUGGCAGUCAGGCCACGAAACAAGAGGUGUUGAAAAGACUCAGUUCCGUUUCCCUAGUUCACUUUGCGGCACACGGAUGUAUGGAAACUGGCGAAAUUGCUCUUACACCUGACCCACACCGAAUGUCUACUGUGCCAACGGAGGAGGAUUACAUUUUAACAAUUGGAGAUGUGUUGAAUGCUCAACUUCGGGCCAAACUUGUUGUGCUUAGUUGCUGCCACAGCGGCCGGGGCGAGAUCAAGGCUGAAGGUGUGGUUGGCAUUGCACGCGCUUUUAUGGGGGCUGGUGCUCGAUCUAUUGUGGUGUCCCUGUGGGCGAUUGAUGACGAGGCUACUCUUGAGUUCAUGAAACACUUUUAUCAACAACUUGCAGGAGGUAAACCAGCAAGCGAGUCACUGAACCUGGCCAUGAAAAGCCUCAGAGAAUCAGACACGUUCCGCGACAUCAAAUACUGGGCGCCCUUUUUGCUGAUUGGAGAUGACGUCCUC